AUGUCAGUCACACUACAGGUCAAGACAAGGAUACUGAUUCUCUCCGACACCCUCGGCAUGACACUUGCUUCAAAGAUCCCCACCGCACAGUCCGUCGACGUCGUUGUUCACUGCGGCGACUUGACAGAGCACUCCCGUCUCGAAGAGUAUCAUGCCGCUUUGCAGCUCCUACAAGCCAUCGACGCGCCUCUCAAGCUCGCCAUUGCCGGCAACCACGACCUGACGCUGGAUUGGCCCGCCUUCUCCGCCAAAAUCGCCGAGGCCAAACUAGACCUCGACUCGGACGAAGUCAUCACCUCCUUCGGACGACAAGGAGAUGCCAACCGGAUCCUAGAGUCUGGUGGUGUGCAGCUUCUGGAUCAAGGCCGCCACGUCUUCACACUCACCAACGGCGCCCACCUCACUGUCUACGCCAGCCCAUGUACGCCCUCUGACGGCGGAGGGGCAUACCAAUACCGCCGCGACGACGGGCACGAUUUCGACACAGGCGACACCGGCGCGGUGGACGUCUUCGUGACACACGGCCCACCGCGAGGCGUGCUGGACCGCACAAGCGGCCGCGAGCGAGCGGGCUGCGCGGAACUCUUUGCCGCCGUCGCACGCGCCAGACCCAGGAUGCACUGCUUCGGACAUAUCCAUGAAGGCUGGGGCAGUAGGCUGGUGGCUUGGAGGGAGAAGAUUGCUGAGACGCCGUCUUUCUUUACUGAUAUCGACAACGACCGGUCGGUGGUCGUCGAGACGCUUGCUACCUUGGCUGAUGGGAAGUUUGACGAUGCCGAAGUGUCUACGCAGAAGAGGAAGCGGAGGGAAAGGUACGCUGCGGAAAAGUGUUGCAGGACAAGUCACUGUUCGGGAGACGAGCAUCCGUUGGUGGUGGGACGACAUACUUUGUUUGUUAAUGCCUCUAUUCAGGAGGACGAUGGGGGAGGUGAGGAGACGGCUCAGUUGCCAUGGGUUGUGGACCUCGAACUUCCAGUAUGCCUGAAGGAAGAUAAGGCGGAAGAGGCGAAAGUGACAACGGAUAUCAACCAAGCAGGAUCCAAAAAGCGGCGACUUUCCGACACUGAAGAUGCAUGCAAGCUGCCAGCAACAAAACAGCGGAUAGCAUGA